UCUAUUCUGCCGCGAGGAGAGCGUUUUCACCUCAGAAGUUUCUUGUGAGUCAGUUUCUCUUAUUCUCGGAGGACAAACUGAAGCCAAAACUGCAAAAAACAGUGGACGAACCGCUCACCGGAUUCUCAAAUGAAUAGGUCUGAAGCCAUUAACCGAGGCUCACUGUGAAGACGAGGAGGAUAGCCUACAUUACCUGCUGUUUCCUCAAUGCUUUGCAAAAUGAGACUUUGGAGUUUUGUGUUACCCUUCGUCUUGUAUGCGGUGUCUGCACAGGGGGGGUCAACACUCCAGGAGCCGUGUGCAGGCCGGGACUGCAGUGGACCGUGCCCGUGUUUUCCCUUAAAGGGUGGCAGGGGGCAACCGGGAGAACUUGGACCAGUGGGGAGCAGUGGUCCUGAGGGUUUCUAUGGGGGCCCGGGACCAGUUGGGCCAAAAGGAGAGCAGGGCCAUAUAGGACGUAAAGGGCCUUCUGGACCAAAUGGAGAUAAGGGUCCAAUGGGUGUUCCUGGUUAUCCUGGUAAUGAUGGUGUUCCUGGACACCCUGGUCAGGAGGGGCCCAGGGGGCCUCCAGGUCUGGACGGGUGUAAUGGCACACAAGGGGACACCGGUGACAGGGGCCUUGAUGGGUAUUCUGGUAUUCCUGGUUCUCGAGGAUUUCCUGGUCCAAAGGGUCAAAAAGGAGAACCAUCCUAUCUAAAUAUUCCCAGCCAAAAUAUUCUCACCCAAGGCCCUCCAGGUCCACCGGGAUACCCAGGUCAAAUUGGGCCCAGAGGUCCUGAUGGAUUUGAUGGUCUGCCUGGUCUACCUGGUCCUCCUGGACCUCCAGGAAGUCCAGGUCAGGGAUACAAAGGGGAGCCAGGAGAAAAGGGGGAUGUUGGUCCACAAGGAGUCAGGGGCAAUCCGUCCGUUCAGUUUAACGCACCAGCAAUAAGCACUAUCAACAAAGGAGAAAAGGGUGAUAAAGGCUAUGCUGGUAAUCCAGGUCUUCCAGGGAGACAAGGACCAAUAAACCCAUUUCGUUAUCCAGGCGAGGCUGGAGAAAAGGGAAUCCUUGGCUUGCCAGGCGCAAGGGGUCCCCCUGGUCUGAACGGUCCUCCUGGACUUCCUGGAAGAAAAGGCUUCACUGGGAGUGAGGGCUUUCCUGGCCAACCAGGUUUAAAUGGCCCAAAAGGUGACAGAGGAGAUCCAGGUCCUCCUGGGCUGAUUGUGGAUUCUCCGGUAUUUGAAAUUAAAGGUUCUCAAGGCGAUCGUGGCUUUCCUGGGUAUCCAGGGUUUCCUGGGGAUACUGGUUUUGGAGGGCUUCCUGGUCAACCUGGUGCUCCUGGACCACCUGCUUUUUUCACAGGUCGACCAGGUGCCCCUGGAUUCCCCGGUAGUCGUGGACCCAAAGGACAAAGAGGAAACCCAGGUCGAGAGUCCUAUGGUUCUGAAGGCCUUCCAGGAAGUCAAGGUCUUUCUGGACCACCUGGCCUACCUGGACCACCAGGCCUUUCUUCAAACUUCAUCAAUACUCCACUUCUUGGGCUUCCUGGACAGCCUGGUCCAAGAGGACCUCUUGGAAGCCAAGGCAUUAAAGGGUUUAAGGGAGAAAAUGGUGACUGCAACUGUUUGGGUGGAGGAACGAUUGGUGCACGGGGCCCUCCAGGGCCUCCAGGAUUCCAAGGAUUCAUAGGACUCAACGGUUUGAAGGGAGAAAUUGGUGACAAUGGCUACCAAGGGGUCCCUGGACCACAGGGCCUUCAGGGUCGUGGCGGUGACAGAGGCUUUAAUGGACGUAAAGGAGAGAAAGGUAAUGGUUUCUUCCCUCAAGGCAAAGGACAAAAGGGUGAUUUGGGACAGCAGGGUCCUCCUGGGCCACUUGGAUUCAGCAACAGCCCUGGAAGGGAUGGAUCACCUGGCUUUCCUGGACAACCAGGUUCACCAGGGGAACCUGGUUUUGGCUUGCCUGGAGAUAAAGGUUUUCCUGGUAUCCCAGGGUCCAAAGGUCGCCCUGGUGCCAGUGGCGAACUUGGUAUUGGCUAUCCGGGUGUAGCUGGGUUCAAAGGUAUGCAGGGUGAACCUGGAUUCAGUGGUCUUCCUGCCCCUGGUCCUCCAGGUUCUCCAGGUGACAGCUGUAGGCAGGCGGGGCUUAUUGAUGCCUCUUUGGAAGAGGGAGGAACACCACUGCCCUGUAGGCUUCCUGGUAUACAAGGAGAAAAAGGAUUCACUGGACGUCCUGGUGUGCCAGGGCCAAAGGGUCGGGUUGGUUCCCCGGGAUUAAAUGGCCGGCCAGGUUUUGAUGGUUCAAAGGGUGAGAGAGGAGAUCCAGGCUCUGGGGGUCAACCAGGACCCCAAGGUUUCCCUGGACCCAGAGGAGAUCCAGGUUUACCAGGAACAACAAAUAUUGGCUUACAAGGUUCUCCGGGACGAGAUGGGUUUCCAGGGUCAGCAGGACCAAAGGGAGAACCUGGUGCGGUACUUGGGGCCACUCCUGGAAGUCCAGGUUUUCAGGGGAGACCAGGAGAGCCGGGUGACAAGGGUCAGCCUGGGGUUCCUGGCUUUCCAGGGAGUCCUGGUGUUGAUGGACGCAAUGCAUUUCCUGGCGUAAAGGGUGAGCGAGGUGUGAAUGGAUUACCUGGUCCCAUAGGUCCCAUAGGCCCACCAGGUGAACUUCCUCAAGGGGGUAUUCCUGGUCCCAGAGGGCCACCUGGAGCUAAAGGAUUUGAUGGGCCUCCAGGUUUCCCGGGGCUGAAAGGCAUGAGAGGAGAUCCAGGGCCUCCAGGACCUGGUGGAAGAAAAGGUAUACCAGGAAUACCUGGCAUCCCAGGCUCACAGGGAUUUAGGGGACCUCCUGGACCCCUAGGCUUUACGACACGUCCAGGCAUUCCUGGAAGACCAGGAAUAAAAGGGGAGAAAGGAUCUCCUGGGUUAUUCGGGUUCCAAGGAUUACCAGGUUCUCCUGGAAUUCCAGGUGGUCCAGGUAUUAAAGGUUUGCCUGGUUUCACUGGACAGGAUGGCUUAACUGGUAGAGAGGGGCCAAGAGGACCCAGAGGGGAUCGUGGUGAACCUGGUCCUCCAGGACCAUCAACUCCAGUGAUUCCAGUAGAACGGCUUGUAAAGGGUGAACCAGGUGAACCAGGAGUUGUUGGAGGGCCUGGUUUCACAGGACCACGAGGUGAUAAAGGUUUUCCGGGGCCUCCUGGACGUCCAGGAUUUCCAGGACCACCUGGCUUUGCAGACCAGGCAAAGGGUUUACCUGGCCAGCCUGGAAACCCAGGUGUUCCUGGCUCAUCUGGCUUCCCUGGACCCAAAGGCUUUCCUGGAGUUAUGGGCUUCCCUGGCUUUUCAGGUGUGAAGGGUGAUAAUGGUGUCCCUGGGCUUCCCGGGUUCCCUGGUGUUCAAGGACCACCUGGUGGCAAAGGUGAGAAAGGUGACUCGUAUGCAUCAUCUGGACCCUCUGGACCAAAGGGUAAUAUUGGAAAUCCUGGAUUCCCAGGUGGUCCAGGACGUCCUGGUGAACCAGGUGAUUCAGGAUUUCCAGGUGUCUUGGGAUAUCAAGGCCAGAAAGGCUUUCCUGGGGACCCAGGAAUACCAGGAUUUGUUGGUUCAUCAGGCCUUCCAGGCCCUAGGGGUCUCCCUGGUUAUCCAGGACUGAAGGGGCGUGAUGGAGAUCCAGGCCGUCCUGGAGGUCCAGGCUUACCAGGAGAUAAAGGUUUUCCAGGUUCUCCUGGUUUAGAUGGGCUCAAUGGUCUUCCAGGAUCGAGAGGGCCACCUGGAGUUCCAGGUGUGAUUGAAGGUGGUCGGGUUGGGCCACCUGGUGUGAAUGGACAAAAAGGAGAGAGAGGAACAUCACAACCUGGAAUACCUGGCCGCCCUGGAGAAAAGGGAUUCAGAGGAGACUCUGGUGUUCCUGGUUUGAGGGGCUUCCCUGGAAAUCCAGGCCCCCCUGGUCCACCUAGUCUUUCUAAUAUUCCAGGUCCUCUCGGAGACCCUGGACUUCCAGGAUUAGAUGGACGAGAAGGUCCCUUUGGCCCUCCUGGACUCCCUGGUCCACCUGGCCCUGGAACUGUCCAAGGAGACAGAGGAGACCCUGGGUUCCCUGGUCGCCCAGGAAUAAUAGGACCACGUGGAGAACCAGGUGGUUUUGGAGCCCCUGGAUUACCAGGCAGUCCUGGUUUUAAAGGACAAAGAGGUGAGCCUGGCUUCAGUGGUGUCCCUGGACGACCAGGGUCUCCUGGAGAACCAGGAGAUUAUGGCAGAAGUGGACCCAGAGGUGUAAAGGGUUCUUCUGGUGCUGUUGGAGCUCCAGGUUUUGUGUUCCCAAGUAACAUAACAGCCAGAAUGCCGUCUGGGGAUCCAGGCCAGCCAGGGCUUGGUGGGUUUGCUGGUCAGCCAGGAAUACCAGGUCUGCCAGGCAGUCCAGGCAACCCAGGCCCCAAAGGAUUCAGAGGCCAAGUGGGUAGACUUGGACCAGUUGGAUUAGCUGGAUCUCCUGGAUUUUCUGGUGAUCCUGGUCCUUCUGGAAUCCAAGGACCCACAGGACUCCAAGGACCCCGUGGUAAACCAGGGUUGCCAGGUAUUCCUGCUCCACCGACACGCAGUACUAGCAUUGGCUAUACUUUGGUGAAGCACAGUCAAUCUACACGGGUGCCCAUGUGUCCUGAGGGAAUGACCAGGCUCUGGGAGGGGUACAGUUUGCUGUAUGUGGAGGGACAAGAGAAAGCGCACAACCAGGACCUGGGACUGCCCGGCUCCUGCCUGCCUCAUUUCAGCACCAUCCCCUUCCUCUACUGCACAGUCAAUGAAAUCUGCUACUACGCAAGCCGCAACGACAAGUCCUAUUGGCUCUCCACCACAGCGGCUAUUCCCAUGAUGCCUGUGGCAAAUCAGGAGAUUUCUCCAUACAUCAGCCGCUGCUCAGUGUGUGAAGUUCCAUCUCAACCAAUCGCUGUCCAUAGCCAAGAUCUGACCAUACCAACAUGCCCUCAGGGCUGGAGAAGUCUCUGGAUCGGUUACUCCUUCCUCAUGCACACAGGUGCAGGUGGAGAAGGAGGCGGUCAGUCACUCAUGUCUCCCGGCUCUUGUCUGGAGGAUUUCCGCGCAACCCCCUUCAUCGAAUGCAAUGGCGCCCGAGGCACCUGCCACUACUUUGCCAACAAGUACAGUUUCUGGCUGACCACAGUGGAUGUGAAUGAACAGUUCGUCCAGGGUCCCACACCAGAGACGCUCAAGGGAGAUCAGUUCCGCUCGCGCCUCAGUCGCUGUCAAGUCUGCAUGAAGAUUUUGUAGCUCGUGUAGAUGCACUGCAGGAGAAUUAAACUAUUGGAAGAAGAUGAGUAGAGGAGGAGAAAGAAACAAACAUCAACUGAUUGGAUUUCAUGCCCUUGAUACACAUCAGAGGGGAUUAUGAGGGCUAAAGUGAACACAUGGAGAAUAUCGAGAAUGGAACGAAAAGAAGUGGAGAUAAUCAACAACAGUGGUGCUAUGUUGAAAAUAUGAUGUCGCGUUUGUACAUUCAAGCUUUUUGGUUAAGUUGUUGCUCAUAUUCACGGCUACCUCAGAGAAUAAAUCCCAGAAUUCCAGUGGAUGGCACACAAUAAUACACCUACGCCACUUUUACUGUGUAGAGAUGAAAUGCUGUCUUUUCAUUAACCCCUUCUGCUGCAUUUCAUUGAUAUUGUUUUGGUUUCAGUAGCCUGUAUUGGUGCUUCUUUCACAUUAUUGUUACCUAGAUCCUCUUGUUUACCAUUUGGUGUAAAAAAUGGACAAAGCAGCACUUUUGCAGUCUACAUGAAAGAGAUAGUUUACUCAGAAUUCUGUCAUCAUUUUACUCAUCCUCCUCUUGUUCCAAACCUUUUUUCUGUUAAAUACAAAGCAAGAGAUUUUAACGUUGGGGAAAAAACAGCUAUUGACUUUCAUAGUAUUUUUUGGUUUUUAUUAAGGAUUUCAAUAGCUGCUUUACUCUUUAUAAUAUCCAGCUUGAUCUAACUAUUUUUACAUUUUGUCAAUUUACUAUGAAAAUGUGCAAUUUUGUUAAAGGAGGCAUGGCAGCAAACAAAUCCUUCUAAAUUGUCUACAUCACAGUACUAAAUCAAAAAGUGAUGAGAUACGCGUUGGAAUGUUCAGCCUUAUCUGAAAAGGAAAUUUUUACGUUUUGUCAGUUUAGAGACUAAUUCGGACAAAUUCAUAUGAGUUCAGUCAUACGAAAAUGUACGAUUUUAGAAAGGAGGCGUGGCACCCAACCCCUAAACCCAGCCGUUAUUGGGAUAUGAGCAAAUUCUACUAAAUUGUAUGAAUGAGAUUGUACGAAUUCAUACAAAUUAGCCACUUAAUCAAAAAGUUACGAUAAACACGUUGAAAUGUCCAGCCUCAUGUCACAAGGAAAUGUAACUACUUUACAUUUUGUCAGUUUAGAGACUAAUUCGGACAAAUUCAUAUGAGUUCAGUCAAACGAAAAUGUACGAUUUUAGAAAGGAGGCAUGGCACCCAACCCAACCCCACCCCACCCCUAAACGUGACCGUUAUUGGGAUAUGAGCAAAUCGUACUAAUUGUAUGAAUGAGAUUGUACGAAUUCAUACGAAUUAGCCACUUAAUCAAAAAGUUACGAUAAACACAGUGAAAUGUCCAGCCUCAUCUCACAAGGAAAUGUAACUAUUUUACGUUUUGUCAGUUUAGAGACUAAUUCGGACAAAUUCAUAUGAGUUCAGUCAAACGAAAAUGUACGAUUUUAAAAAGGAGGCAUGGCACCCAACAAAUCCUACUAAAUUGUAUGAAUGAGAUCGUACGAAUUCAUACGAAUUAGCCACUAAAUCAAAAAUUUAUGAAUUGCCAUGAGAUUGUGUUGGAAUAUCUUGUUUUGUGUUCAGCAGAAGAAAGAAAUCACUUGAGUGGGAGUAAAUAAUGAGUACAUUUUCAUUUUUGAGCUAACUAUUCCUUGCAUGAGUGAGAUUGUGCCUCAUGGUUGUCACUUGAAUUAGUCAAACCCCAUAAAUAUCUUCUAUAUAUGUUUAUGAAUUGCACUGAAGUUAAAGUAAAAAGUUACACCUCUAUCACAAGAUCUUACGCUGCUGAUCUAAAUCCAUCUAGUUCACAGGUAGUUUGUUCACUGAGAUAAGUUGAUAUCAUUUUCAGGUUUGAGGAACUCUCAAACAUCCACCAAGCAUAAAUAAUGAGGAUAUUAAUACCUUACAGAUCAUCAUUUCCUCAUUUUAAGGUACGUAUUUUAUAUCGUAAUUCAUUGCAUGACCAAAAAUGUGUAUAUUUUGUAGUCAAAUUUCAUUUCCUUUUAUUUUAAAUGUCUAAUUUACUUUGUGCAUUGAAAGUGCUAAAGAUUUUAAUUAGCCAGUCCCUUAGAGAGACUGGUUUACGCUUAACCACUAUGAUCACUACGCUUUCAGUAUCUCAUUGGUAGCCCUGAGUAUACGUGUACAAUUUUUUUCUGUUUCUGUUGCAUUGGUUAGAUUAUUGUUUAUUAAUUUCACCCCUUUGAUAGAAAGAUGUGAGGUACAUUUAAGUGUGUGUACAAGUAAUAAUGGGGAAAGGUUUAACAGUGUUUCUCCACUUAACAUAUGUUGCUUUUAGUUCUUUUCUAAAAUAAAAAAUAUACAGUA